GCUAAGAAUCUGUGAAUGUCACUUUCAUACAGAGAUUUGUGAGCGCAUUGAGUCUACAAAACCUAUGCGCUCUGUACAACCUUCGUACACUCUACGAAAACAUAGGCCCUAUGCUUUAAAAAAAACGAAAUUUGGCUACUUGGUUUCGUCUGACAAAGUGAGACAGCUAGAAGAGACAGAACAAUUAGGCUCCGGUCCCUAUACCGGGGCGUGAUCUUAAUGACAUGGCCACCGGCUUCCUUGCCCAAACCUUCGGCAACCCAACCCAGCCGACCUCACUUCGUAAGGCCAUCAACGAGGAACACAUUCUCCUCAAGCGAGGCAUCGUCGUUGGAGACCUUCUUGGUGAGGGAUCCUAUGCCUGCGUCUACUCUGGCUUCCUCGAGAAAGAGAGGAUGAAAUGCGCCAUCAAAGUCAUCAACAAACGCAAGGCGCCCAAGGACUUCCUGCAGAGGUUCCUGCCGCGGGAGCUGGAGAUUUUGAAGACCAUCAAGCAUCCAAAUAUCAUCCGGUGCUAUGAGAUUGUGGAGAUUGGGACCAAGGUGUACAUAUCCAUGGAGUUGGCCGGACACGGGGAUCUCUUGGAGUACAUCAAGCUCCGCGGAGCUCUUCCCGAGGCGAAGGCCAGGAACUUCUUCCGGCAGCUCCUCGAUGGAGUCUCGUACCUCCACAACAAGAACAUCGUGCACCGGGAUCUCAAGUGCGAAAAUCUUCUCCUAGACGGCCACAACAAUAUCAAGAUCACUGAUUUUGGCUUCUCUCGUAGGAUCACCAAGAGUGACCUCAGUAAGACCUUCUGCGGGAGUGCUGCCUACGCAGCGCCAGAAAUCCUUCUAGGGAGACCAUACCAAGGUUUUCUGUACGACGUCUGGAGCAUGGGGGUGAUUUUGUACAUCAUGGUGUGCGGUUCCAUGCCCUACGACGACUCCAACGUGAAGCGCAUGGUCCGAGAUCAGACGGAAAAGAAGUUGGGCUUCUCCCGCUCCAAGCAGCUCACUCUCGACUGCAAGGACCUCGUCUUGAGGAUGCUGACCCCGGAACCGGCACGGCGAGCCACCCUCUACGACAUCCACCACCAUGCCUGGAUGCAGGAACCUGGUGGGCUGCCCCCUUGCGUGCCAAAGGAUGACAUGGAAGGGCCUCUUCAGCCCAACAGGCCCAAGCAGUCGCCGGUACCCACAGCUGAUGAUCCGGGGCACACCUCUUCGGGAUGCAACGAGCAAGUCAUCCAGACAACGAACCACGAAGAGCCACCACGUGCGGAGCGUAUGCCGUUCAAUCCAAAAUUUGUCCCUAUUUAAAGUGCCUGCUCAACCAACCUUCCCAUAACUUCUUUUGUACCCACUUUCGAACAUGGAAAAUAUAUUUCACCAUUAGUUGAGAAAUAAAUCAUUUUCACAAGAUUUUAAAAAUAAAAUUCAAAAACAGAUCAAACGUCUGUCAGGCAUUCA